UGCUGCCUGGGUGUCGCCGUCCAGAGUAUCACAGACAGACUCGAUCUAUCAGCACGUUCACACUGUCGAAUAGCUUUUAACUACUCAUUUUUUACUUCUUCCAUCAUGCAUCUUUCUAAGUUUCUCGCCUACGGAGUGUUCGCAACAGCUGCAAUCGCAUCGCCUACCAACUUGAAGCGCAGCGAGAGCAAACCCCACAAUAAAGUUGUCGGAUUCCAGGAAAAAGUUCCUUCGGGCCUCGAGGGGGAUCUCAUGAAGAAGUACAAGCCGUACCUCUUUGUUCAGAACGCCUGUGUCCCUUUCCCCGCUGUCAAUGCUCAGGGAGAUUGGUCGGAAGGGCUUAAGGCAACUGGCAAGUGGGAUGGCGAAUGCGGUCACAACAAAGGCCAAGUCUAUGUCCGCUCCGGCUGGGGUAAGGACGGCGCCUGGGGUAUCAUGUACUCAUGGUAUUUCCCCAAAGACAUGCCCGUUCACCGACACGACUGGGAAGAGGUCAUUGUAUGGCUUGAAUCGAAGUCCUUGUCUGCAAAGGUCCGUGGCAUAGCAUUUUCCGCCCACGGUGACUACGACAAGGAGACAGUCAAUAUUCAUUACAAGGGUACACGACCUAAGGUGGCGUACUUCUCGCUUGGCUCUCACCAGCUCGGAUACACGGAGAAGGACGGUGGAUCGCAGCCUAUGAUUGCUUGGGAUUCAAUGACGGAAGCUGCCAGGAAAUCGCUCACUGAUGCGGAUUUUGGGGAUGCUUCUGUGAAGUUUCAUGACAAGGGCAAUCAGUUUAAAAACCGUCUCGACAAGUCUUUUAUUUGA